AUGCCGGUGAUUUGCCAACCAAAGGCAACGUGGGAGGACACGUGCUUGCUUGUGAGGGAAGCCGAGAGCCCGGUGUUGUGGCACCGAAGGUUGGGGCAUGCCGGCUAUGAGAAUUUGGCCAAAAUGGUCGAGGGCCCCGGGUUGGCCAGGGGUAUAAGGGUCAAAGCCAAGGCGUUCCGGGAGCUCGGGAGGAGAAAACUUCGUUGCAAUCCGGGAAGAAGGUCAAGGGGGUGCAAACCGGACCGGGGCGGGGAGUAUGUCAACGAGGGAAUGACGGCCCUCCUCGAGAAGAGAGGGACGGUGCACCACACAACGGCGGGGCACUCUCCCGAACAAAACGGUUUGGCGGAGCGGUUGAACCGGACGCUCGAGGAAAGAGCGCGGGCUUUGCUAGAGGAUGCCGGGUUGAAGCCGGAGCUCUGGGCGGAAGCGAUGGUGACGGCUAACUACACCCGGAACCGGGUGCCCUCGAGCGUGCACGGCAAGACGCCCUGGGAGAUGUUCUACGAGGAGAAGCCGAACCUUAACCACUUGCGGGUAUUUGGGGCGCGGGCCUACAAUCCACGUGCCCAAGGGAAACUGGAAGAAUAUGGAGCGGGUUAG